AUGCCUCACGCGUGCAAAGGUGUGCAGCACCACUGCCCAGGAGCGAAAAGGCCGGUAGACGGAGGCGGAGUACAUAUACCGGCAGGUGGAUGCAGGUACAAAACGGUAUAUUGUAAUCCGGGGCAGGGAAGAUAUUGUGAAACGCAUGAAUACUAUUGUGCGAAGCAUGAUUGGAUUUAUAUGAAAAAUGCAACGUGCAGGGCGUGCGACAAGGAGAAAAUCAAGAGGAUAGCUGAGUUGAAGAAGCAGAAAGAGGCGGACGAUGAGGAAAAUAAAAGAGGUCCUUCGAAAAAGAAGAAAGGAAAAGGAAAGGAGAAGGACAAGACGAAGAACACCAAGAAGACAAUCAACAAGCAAGAGAAGAACAAGAAGAAAGCAGCUGAUGCAAAGAAAGCAGCCACGACUGUCAAGGUUCUGAACCUAUGGCUGUCUGGAGAGAAGACAAUUGACCUUGAACAGCUGAAGAACUCCCACAGCCACAUUGUCUUCACAGACGGAUUCAACUCCUUUUCACUAGAACCCAUCGUGGUUCUCAACGCUAUUGCGCCAUUUUUGUAUGACCAGGAGGGGCUGAAUCUUGCUCAAGUCAUCUCGAACAAAACAAUGCUGAAAACUAAGCCACAGGCACUGUCUAGAUACAACCUUCGGUCGUGUUGCUCAGAUGGUUCCGACACUGAUACUGAAGAAGACAACUCUAGUGACGACGAUUUCCAAAGUGCAACAGAUGGAAUAGACGGCGAAGACGCUACCACCACCGUUUGA